CGUUCCGAUCCUCCCCUCCGUUUCUUUUUCUUUUUCAUAAUCGUCAUGAUUGAUUAUUAUUAUUAUUACCUUUCGUGGGAGUGUUUAGUCGACGCUGAUCUGUUGUUCAUUGCCCCGAUUGCUUUGUUGCGCCCGCAGAUGUAUGCAGCCGGAGCCAGGGUUGGCUUCCUCCCCCAAUCCUCCACGGCUAUCAGCGAUCGGUCCAAAUCACAAUCACCACUGCAGACCUAACGUACGUACGGAAGAAGAGCUGAUUAUCCCGUCGAGCUUGGACUGGCUGCAGUUGCUGAGGUCUAGGUCCUGGCCGAUCCAGAGCUCCCUCUCCGGUCGGUCGGUCGGUCGGUCGGUCGGUCUGUACGACUAGCUACUUAUUGACUUGCACCGUAGCCAUGGGGCCAGGAAGAAGAUGACAAGACGACAAGAUGUACUCCGUAUCGAGUAUCGAAGUAUCAAGUAUCAAGUAUCAAGUAACGUGACAGUUCAAUGGAUUAGUGAAUGAU